AUGGGGGAUAUUGAUAGUAAUCACAGGAAAAUAUUUCAAUCAUCAAAGCUUCUUCUGAUAUGGGUCAUGGCACCUCUGAUUGCAUUAUCUGUUUUUGUUGCAUUUACGGGUACUGGUCCAUCAAUGGAUUAUUCUAACUGGGUUUGGAGGAUGACUUCAUCUUCUGCAAAAAUGGGGAAAGAAAAUGAUCAAUCAACAUUGAUAUUGACAAAUGAUGGUGAUGAUGGGGGUGCAAGUUUCAACUCUUCUAAUUCUUCUUCAAUCAAUGAAGAAUCAAUUAAGAAGGAGAAUGAAGAAAAUGCAAACUUAUUUAACACUUAUCCCAUGACAAAGCCUCCAAUAACACGAAAGAAUUAUAGCAAUUUGGAGCGACUUGAAGCCAGAUUGGGCCAAGUUCGUGCCACCAUAAGAAAAGCGAAAGGCGAUGACCGAUUAACCGACUCAGAUUUCGUCCUUGAUGGACCAAUGUAUUGGAACCCAACUGCCUUUCACAGGAGCUAUGUGGAAAUGGAGAAGCAAUUGAAGAUUUUCAUAUAUGAAGAAGGAGAACCACCAAUGUUUCAUAAUGGGCCAUGUUCAUUCACUUAUGCAAUAGAGGGCCUAUUUCUUAAUGGAAUGGAAGUAAGCCCAUUUAGAACUAGAAACCCAGAAGAGGCCCAUAUUUUUCUUCUUCCUAUUAGCAUUACUAUGAUCACCCAAAAUGUGUUUGUUUCUGGUCAAUGGAUCCAAAUGAAAAGAACUGCCAAGGAUUAUGUUGAUGUUAUUUCCCAUAAAUACCCUUAUUGGAAUCGUAGCCUUGGCGCGGACCACCUCAUUGUCGCGUGCCAUGAUUGGGGGCCGGUGAUUUCUUCAUAUGUUCCAAAUCUCUACAAUAGCUCAAUUAGGGCAUUAUGCAAUGCAAAUACAUCGGAAGGGUUCGAUCCAUCGAGGGAUGUCUCCCUUCCCGAGAUUCUACUUCCGCAUGGCACAACGGAAGGAAUGAUGGGCGGGCCUCCCCCAUCCGAGCGAUCGAUUCUUGUAUUUUUUGCUGGUGGGGGAGAUCACGGGCCAAUUAGGCCUGUUUUGAUAAAACAUUGGGAAAACAAAGAUCCACUUGUCCAAAUCCAUAGAUACCUUCCAAAAAACAUAUCAUAUUAUGGUAUGAUGAGGAAGAGCAAGUAUUGCAUUUGCCCUAGUGGAUACGAGGUUGCGAGCCCGAGAAUGGUUGAAGCGAUCUACAUGGGUUGUGUUCCCGUACUCAUUAAGGACAAUUACACGGUACCUUUUAGCGACGUUCUCAAUUGGAAGACAUUUUCGGUUAUAAUUCCAAGCGAGAAUAUAUUGGAUUUGAAGAAGAUUUUGAUGAGUAUUCCUCGAGACCAGUACGAGAUCAUGCAAAAGCGUGGAUUGCAAUUGAGGAGACAUUUUGAGGUGAACACUCCUCCAAAGCGAUACGAUGUGUUUCAUAUGAUCCUUCAUUCUAUUUGGCUUCGGAGACUCAAUUUUCAAAUUCGGGUCACUUGAAGAAG